AGUGCUUUAAAAGGAUACAAAAAAAGAGAGUGUAUUUGGUCUUGUGAUCGCAAUUUAAUAAAAUUAUUACUUGCGUGAUCAAAUUACUUAAUUUCCGGUUCCGGUUGUUGUUGUUUACAAACAAAGAUUUUCUACGACUAUGGAUACCUGUUUGUCCCAGGUCAAAAUUAUGAACGAAUUUGAUAAUCACAUAGAGAAAAAAUUCACAGAGUCGAGGCAGUCUUACAUGCCAGUGUUUGAACAUUUUGAUAAAAACAGGUAGACGAUUGUACAAUUUAAGGAAGGCCUGCGUAUAGUAUUAGUAUUAGUAUUAUUAUUAUUAUUAGUAUAACUAGUAUAAGUAUAUUAUAUAUUAUAAGUAUAAGUUAAGUAAAUAUACGAGUCAAAUUGAAAUCUUAAUUUUACUGAGGACACUGUGUGAGGUGGAGGUCCUUUGCCUUCACCAACCACUGAGCCAGACAGCUCCUCGACAAAGUCUGUUUCUCAGACAAUAUCGAAUCCUACAUUAAAUUAUUAAAUUACUUAUACUGACUAAGGGUAAUAAAGGGAGAGACUGCAAUCAGGUUAGUACAAUAUAAAAUGAGUAAAACAGAGUAGAGUUAAAUCUGAAUAAAUAAAUGCAACAAAACAUCGAACGUGUCGACAGAAAGCCUUCAUCAGCAAACAAAACAACAGAAAAAACGGUUUAAAAUUAAAUAUAAGAAAUAAGAAAUUUCUUAUUCUUACAUUUAAUUUAAUUUUAAACCUUUUUUUCUGUUGUUUUGAUCGCUGACGAAGGCUUUCUGCCGACACGUUCGUUUUAUACUGACUAAACUGAUUAACUAACACAUGUCGUAAAGCCUUAUUUAAAAUACUUAAAUGAAAAUGUAAGAAAGACAACUUUGAGCGAAUUAUAUUUCAAGCAGUCAUGGGACAGAACUUUCUGGUGAGAAAUCUGACUGGUGAUUAAAUUAAGCACCUUAUUCAAAGGAUGUUUAAAGGAACCGUCCAAACAAGGAUUACAGCCAUGAGUAAAUAUAUACGUUAAAGUCAAUGGCGUUUAGUGGUAAACAGCUUUUCUUACCUUGACAGCACACUGUCCCAAAUUUUAUCCAUCAAUGAUGAGGUGAAUCUUUGAAUUGCAAGAGCCAGCACAACCUACAACAAUAUUUCUAAGAAUAUAUGGACCAGGGGAGGCAUCAGCACAGGCAGUUCUCCUCAAUAUCUAUAUCAUUAUAGUGCAGUCCAUGUUGUGAGAAUGUCAGAUGACAAAUUGUCUGAGAUAAUAUUUAAUGGCAAGGUUGAGCAUGUGAGGCGAUAUGCUGGUUAACAGAAGAAAUUCCUCAAAGACACUCUGAAAGCCUCUUUGAAAGCAUAAUGUUUAAACUUGGACAUGUGGGAAAAGCCGGCAAAAGAAUUUAGCAUCUUUUCACUCCUCUGUAUAUAAAGGCUCCUUGCAACAUAACAGCUGCUGCAGAACACAAAUUAUAAUCCAGUAAAGCUCAAUCUAUCCCUUGCACCCACUACACAUGAAAAUUACCUGCAAGAAUUGGUCUCAUCAGCCAUCUGCACACAGGCAGACAGAAUCAGUCCUAACACCUAUCGGAUGAUUAAAGUGGUUCUCAUCAAAUUGACAAACUGACAACAUAGCCAGAGAGUCUAGAGUUCAAGUCUUGUAUUGUAUAAGUGAUAUAGCCCAAUCAUGUAAAUAUCUUUAUGAGAGACAUAGCAAGGUGUAAAUAAACAUUUUUUAAUUUACACCUCUAUACCACAACUUUUUUGUCAGACCUCACCAAUAACUUAUUUGUGUAUUGGCCAUUUUAAAAGAAGAUAUUCUGUUAAAGUUUUUAAAUAUUUUUUUGUUUCAGUGAUGGAUAUCUCAACAAGGAUGAGUUCAGAAAAUUAUUAGAAGAUCUUUUGAGCAAUGGCCAAAUGCAGCAAAGCAUUACUGAUGAAGAUGCCAACUCAGUAUUGUCUAUGUUGGAUUUGGAUAAUGUAAACUUUUAUUGUAUUUUUCAUGUGUUUCUGUAAACUCUGGAUAAACCAACUGGCCUUUAGUCUGUAUGUUGUCUAAAGUCAAAUAUUCUUUUUUACUUUUCAUAUAACUAUUCUAAAUUUGGUCUAAAAGAGUGCAUGUAAUAAUUAAAUAUGUUAAAUUAGUAUUUUUAAAAAAUUCAAUAAUUUAUUUUCAGGAUGGCCGUCUUAGUUUAGAGGAAUUCAGGUGUGCAUGGUUAUAUUGGUUGAAACAGGUAGAUUUUUAAGUUAAUAAGACAUGAGAUCUGUUCAUUUCAUUAUUACUUCCAUUAGUAAUAUAUGUGGAAAACUUAUUUUUGAGACAUGAAAAGUUAAAUCAUGAAAGUAAUAUCCAGAUGUCUUUUUUUUGUUGCAUAGAACUCUUGACUUCUGAUAAUCUUUAACUUUAAUUCAUUAUUAUUUUUCUUUCAAGGUUCUGAGUCCUGUGAAGGCUUUGAUUAUUGUGGAUGUUCAAAAUGAUUUUAUUACAGGUAAACAAUAAUUUUUCAAAAGCUCAAGUUAUAGACCUGUUAACCAUUUUUUAGUGUCUUGAUAGAACAUAUUAGUUUAAAAGCUUUUUGUUUUGUUUUUUCAAGUGAAGUAUAAAAACUGUCUGCAGUUAAGACAUCUUUAAUGAUAUGCUAGACUUCCUAGAAUUUAUGAACUAUUCAAAAAUUGAAUUAUUUUCAUAGAAACCUUUAGAAUUUUAAAACGUAUCCAGGAAAUUAUUCUGUUUCGCAGCUUAAUGAAAUUAUUGCCACUUCUAAAUAUACUUAUUAAAUUUAAAAAACUAUUUAGGGAGCCUGGCAUUAAAAAACUGCUCUGCUGGCCAGGACGGAGCUGGUGUCAUCCCUGUCAUCAACUCACUGUUGGAACAAGAUUUGUUUGACCUUGUUAUUUACACCUAUGACUGGCACCCAGAGAACCAUAUAUCCUUUAUAGAAACUGUUGACUCAAGGAAAAUUCAUCCAACUUCAAAGGUACCUGUCUUGAGAUGUAGUCUGUGGGUGUAUAAGACUCUAUUGUCUCCUAUAACGUGUGGUUGUAUAAGCCUAUUUCAUCUUCUAUAGUCUGUGAGUGUUGGUGAAAGAAUAUUUGCUCUAGUCUGUGGUUGAAUAAGAGUUUCAUCUUUUUUUUUACACCGCACUCUUUGGUAAUACUUUACUGCCUACAACAUAAGUUUUGUGAAAGUAAAAAAUCAAAUGUGGAAAAAAAUAUUAAAAAACAUUAAAAAUAUUUAUUUUUUAAGUCAUAUAAUUUGGUAAUUCCAUCAAAUUUUUACCUCUGUUGCAUACAUUUUAUUGCAUCUUUGCACAAUCAUAGUUCUACAAGCAAAGUCCUUUAAUAUUACUCAGUGGUACAUAGAGUGGAACUUGCACAAAGCUUUUGGAUGCAAGAUAAUUCAUCUAUCUCCAUAGAAUGAUAGUUACAUUUUUGCCAUGAGAAGGAAAUACAUAGCUGGCCUGUUUUCAGCCCUAAGAUGUGGUGGUUGCUUUUAUUUAGGGAAGGGAACCAUAUGGCUCCUAUAUAUGGCAUCUUUCCGUCUUUGUGAGACGAUGGAGUAGCUAUAUAGUUCUACACUUUGACGAGUGCCUCACUAGGCCAAUCCUAGAAUGGCAAUCAAGGCCGCAUCUCUCGCAGGAGAAUAUUGAAUCCCGGUAAAUUCUUGAGUUCCGAAUUGUUCUUUUUGAUUCAAGGGCCUUGUUUUGAGUAUCUUCUGCCUUUUUUGCUCCUUCAAACACUGCUGUUCGCCAGUUGGAGCGAUGUAUGGCAAUGAACUCCCAUUGGUUUGUUUCAAUAUUGGCUUCCCUCAUGCUUCGUUUGCAAAUGUCAAUAAAUCUCAGGCGCGGUCGUCCAAUAUGUUUUGUUCCCUCUGCCAACUCUCCAUACAGCAGUAUCUUUGGGAUACGUCCUUCCUCCAUUCUCCGUACAUGAACUAACUAGCGAAGGCGUCUCUUGAUAAGAAAGGAGAAUAUGCUAAACAUGUGUGCACGAUCCAAAACCUCCACGUUAGGCACCCUGUCCUGCCAACAAAUGCGCAGAAUGCGACGCAGACAUCUUUGAUGGAAGCUGUUGAGUUUCCGCUCCUGACUGGUCCAAACUUUGCUACCAUAUAGAAGCGUGCUAAGCACGCAUGCCUGAUAGACACUUAUUUUUGUUUUAUCAGUUAGAUUGAGAUUAUUCCACACCCGCUUAUUCAGUUUAGCCAUAGUUGCUGCUGCUUUUGCAAUCCUGAUAUUUAUCUCUUCAUCAACGGAGAGAGAACUAGAAAUAUUGGAUCCCAGGUAUAUGAAAUGAUCGACAACCAAAAGAUAAUGACCCUCAAUAGAUAUGAUUGGAGGGGACGGUGCUUCUUGCAUCAUUACAUGAGUUUUCUGUAGACUAAUCAAAAGUCCAAAUUCUUUACAAGCAUGUGAUAGGCGAUUAACCAGCCACUGCAGACCUUCUUCUGUGUGAAAUGUUAAGGCGGCAUCGUCAGCGAACAGCAGUUCAUGAAUCAGCACCUUUUUUACUUUGGUCUUUGCACGAAGGCGGGCGAUAUUGAACAGUCUUCCAUCAGAUCUUGUAUGGACAUACACUCCAUUUUCACAGUCACUGAAAGCAAAUUGAAGGAGCAUCGAAAAGAAAAUUGAAAAGAGUGUUGGUGCCAGUACACAACCCUGUUUUACUCCGCUGCUAACUGGAAAUGACUCAGAGACAGUGCCAUUGAAAGUUACUGUGCUGUGCAUGUUUUUGUGAAAUGACUGUAUUAUUGUGAGCAGUUGUGGGGGACAACCUAUUCUUUGCAAGAUACUGAAAAGGCCUCUUCGACUUACCUCUUAGUCAAAUGCCUUGGUCAGGUCUAUGAAGGCAAUAUAAAGAGGAAUAUGGUUUUUGCGACAUUUCUCCUGCGUUUGGCGUCGCAAAAAUAUCAUGUCUAUUGUUAAGCGCCCACUCCUGAAGCCACACUGGGACUCUGGGUAGAUGCGGUUCGCAAGACUCUGCAAUCGUUUAAGGGCAACUCGGGCAAAAGUCUUUCCAACUAAGCUAAGGAGAGAAAUAUCUCGGUAGUUAUUGCAAUCACUUCGGUCCCCUUUAUUUUUAUACAAUGUUACGAUGUUGGCGUCUCUCAUGUCCUGGGGGAUGUGACCUGUUUCCCAACACUGACAGAGGAGCUCAUGUAAGGGCUGAAGUACGAUAGGUUUUCCAUUUUUGAGGAUUUCUGCUGGGAUGCUGUCGAUCCCUUCCCAUCCGCAAGGUAAUCGAUGGCUUUUUCGAGCUCCUGUAAAGUUGGCUCUUCAUCCAGUUCAUUCAUUACUGACAAGGCAGGAAUAUUAUGCAGAGCGGUCUCAGUAACUACAUUCAUUGUAGCUCAAGAUAAUGCUCUACCCAACGCAGGAGUUGAUCAUUUGGAUUCUUGAUGAUUUGACCCGUCUUGGACUUGAGUGAUGCUAUUUUUGACGUGUGUGGACCAAAUGCCCUCUUGAUGCCCUCGUACAUGCUCCUUGCAUCUCCGUUGUCUGAAGCCAAUUGUAUGAAGUUGCAAAUGUCUAGCCAGUAAGUGUUGGCACAGUAGCGGGCCGUCUGCUGUGAUAAUUUUUUUGCGGUUCGGAGAGCCUGCAGUGUACUAGCACAAGAUGCUUCCCUAUAGGCAAGUAGGGUUCCAUCAGAUGGCUCCUAGAACAUAAUAAAUUCUAUUGUUAUCACAGUCUAGGUGCUUCAUCAAAUUUCAGAAAGAACAUAUGAAAUUUGGUUUAAGUUGUCUUCAGAGAUGUUGAACCAUGUAUAGCUUGUCAGUCAAAAGCGACCAUGACCACCUUAAUUAUGAGAUAUGCUAAUUGUGAAUUUGGCUUUGGCUGCGCAGAUGGCUGAUGUUGAACCAUAAACUAAGUCAAGUUAUAGUUAUAUAAAAGCUUUUAAAAAUCACUUUCUGGCAUACAAUAAAGACAACAGGAGGAAAGAUGUAUGGUUUGAUGAAGUAAGGAAUAAGAUAGCAGCUUAAGAUUUAUGCUAUUACAAAAUAUGAUGAGCAUAAUGUGGCUCACAAAAAUUAACUAAUCAUGUAGAGCCUGAAUAAUGAGACUUAGGCUCAUUUCACAUGAUCAAAUUCCUUUCAAAUUUUCACUCAUACAUUUGAUGCGAUUUUUUUAUGAAGCCUUCUCACAACUUUCAAAUUUCUAUUUUAUCAAAUUCUCAUUUUUGUCCAAAAAAAGAAACCACACAAAAAAUAGUCAGUUCAUACACAAAUUUGAAUCAAAUUGGAAGCUAAUUUGAAAGGAAUUUGAUCGUGUGAACUGACGCUUACAAAAAAAUAUUUUAGGCAUCUGCAGCUGCUGCAAAAGUUCAAGAGAAAUUGACAUUUGAUAUUGAUGGUAUACCACGAGAGCAAAUUCUAUGGCCAAAGCAUUGUGUGCAGGGAAGCUUUGGGGCCCAGCUUGCUGAUACUCUGAAGGUAAUUAUCAAUCAUUAUGUCAGUGGACGUUGGUUAGAGGAACUUACAGAAAUAAAAGUUUAAAAGUUGAUUCACUGCUUGUUAAAUUAGUAGGACACAUCAUUAUUCAAUUAUGGCUUGAUUGGCUCAAAAACCUAAUCUAUGUCAAGGUCAUGGAUAACAGUUUUCAGAUGACACCCCCCCCCCCUCCCUCAUUAACAUGAAUAUUACAUUCAAGAAUUUAUUGAAAUUUAUCUGGUACAGUCAAUGGCACUCAAGAGUUACCAUAAACUAAAAUAUUUUAACCAAUGAAAUGCUAUACCACUGAAUGUUACAGAAUUAAACCUCUGGUAACUUCACUAAAACUACUUUUUUCAAGGUCAGGGAAAACAGUUUUCAAAAGACCCCCCCCCCCCUCCCUCAUUAACAUGAAUAUUACAUUCAAGAAUUUAUUGAAAUUUAUCUGAUACAGUCAAUGGCACUCAAGAGUUACCAUAAACUAAAAUAUUUUAACCAAUGAAAUGCUAUACCACUGAAUGUUACAGAAUUAAACCUCUGGUAACUUCACUAAAACUACUUUUUGCACAUAUACAUUUUUAUUUUCAUAUUCUUAUAAAGAUAAUCUCUAAUUUGCAUACCCGGUUGUUAAUUUUUUAAAUGAUGAACAUUAGAAAGGAUUACAAUAAGAAUCAUUCCCCUAUAUUUUACUUACCAGUUUUGUUAGUGUCUUGUCAGCGAAGAUUUUAGAAGUUCAGGAAAAUGUUUUUCAGUUAUCACAGAUUUAAUGAAUUUUAGAGUAUAAUAUAAGAAGAAAUGCUCACAAGUAUAUGCAUAGGAAAAUCGAAGACACUGUCUAACCCAUUAACCAUAUCAGAGAACUGUAUCAUUUUGUUUUAUGCCUUUGGGGAUUCUUUUAAUAAUCUUAUAGCAUCUUUCUGGGCUCAGAACAAAAUAAACAUGUGCAUCAUUUGGCUUUAAAAAAUCCUCAUCUGCAUAAGGAGACUUGAGAAAAAAUGAUAAGGAUAAAACAAAUAUAGCUUCAAUUAUUAUAUAAGUGUGUUGGCUAGUCACACAAAUAACUAAUUUUUUGGUCAUGAAUUUUAAAUAUUAAACAUGUUUUUUGUGUGUGUGCAUCACUUUGUAUGAUGAUGUCUUAUAAAAUAUAUUGUCUUUUAUAAAAAAUCCUCUUAAUCUUAAAAAAAUCUUUUCUCAUAUUUUUGAUAUGGAUGCUGCAACAAUUGAAUGUGAGAUGAGAGGGGAUACCAAUAAGAAAAAUCACAAACAACUAUUACACAGGGCACACACACAACUAGCCUACUGGGAACAAACAUGUGGUGCUCAAAGUAGCUUAUUACUAGAUCUAGCUGCCAACUCCUGAAAUAUUUGAAUGUAUAAUUUAUAUGUGGCAUCACUUUCACAGGUGGUUCCAAAUGCUUUUCAUGUAUACAAGGGAGCCAGCCCCGAUGUGGACAGCUACUCAGCAUUCUGGGACAACUCAAAGCUGUCAAAAACAAAUUUAGCUUCAAUUCUCUCUGAGAAAAACGUCACUGAUGUUUAUGUGUGUGGCCUGGCAUAUGAUGUUUGUGUUGGUAGGUCUUCAUGUAAAUAAUUCUAUAGAUCUAUUUUUAAAGCAGUGGUUAUUAAACAGUUUCAAGCAACAGAUGAUUUUAACCUUAAAUCUUAUUGUGUUAUUAAAUAGGGAAAAACAUUGCUUUUGUGAUGCACACUUGGUUUUGAUUCUCACUUUUAUGAAUUGACCCCAUUUCAUUGUCUCACAAUUUGGAUCUAUUAUUUAGUGACACAUCUUUGUCAUGAAAUAAACGAUUUCAUGACUGAUAGAAACAACUUUUUUGUUUGCACUUAAUUUAUGAUUAAUGCAAUAAUAUCUUCUAAAAAUAAUCCCAUUCUCUUGGAAAUAAUUUUCAUAUAAUAAUAAAUGAUUGCAUUGUUAUAAUGUGUACUUAAAAAACCAACAUCCCAAAAAUAAAAAUCAGUGAUUUAUUUGUGCAUUAUUGAAAUGAAGAGAACUAUUUGCUUGAUUUAUUUGCAGAAACUAACUUUACCAUGGCAUUAAACCAAUGUGUGUAACUGAUUUUUUUUAGGUUUCACAGCUAUGGACUCUUUAGAACAUGGUUUCCGAACAAUUUGCAUUGAAGAUGCCUGCAGGGGUGUCACUUUAGAUGGAAUCAGUAGAAUGAGGAGAGAACUGCAAAAAAAAGGUGUCUACAUGACCAUGUCAGCAGAGGUGAGAUUAAAUAGAUUCUACUUGUUGUUUUAUUUUUGAGUUCUAAUGGAAUAAGACAAGAAUUAAAUUAAAACCGAUUACCGCAUACUUUAGCACAGUUGGGAGAUUUUGUACCAUUUUGAUGUGUUCAUUGAAAAUGUUGUCAAUUAACGAUGCAUGUAAAAAACUGCUAAGUGAGAAUAUUUGGGAUUUUAAGAUUCUAACCAACACUGCUAUGGUAAAGCUCAUGUCACCAUUCAUCUAUGGGGGCCUUCCAUAAUUGAUGUCCCACUAUCACUAUUUUAGCGUAAUUUUUUUUACCACCCUCACCAUCACAAAUUUGUCUUAUAAUUUAGACGCCCUCAUAAAACGUCAAAAUUGUGACUGCCCUACACCCUUAGAUUGAUGACAUCCUUUAUGGAUGACCCCCCUGAAAUUACCCAUUAAAUUAUUGUACAAUUAUUUGUUUCCAAAACUACAGGUUCCGAACCUCACUCGGGCAGCUUUGCGACCUCUCUGUCUGGCUGCCCAAGCUGCAGUCAAUUAUGAUCUUGCCUGGAAAAUCAUCAAAGAAAAAUCCACAUCAUCAUCUUAAUCGUGCUAUGCAAUUUUCUAUAAUUCUCAUCAUUAAUGGCAGAAAUGAACAGAGAAACAUACUCCAGCUGAACAAAUGCAUAUUUUAACAUUUUGCUAAGUCAAGUAGCACAGAACUAUACAUUCUGUCUAUCUCUGUAGUUCAUGUUUAUUUUUCAAAUAUUUUUUUUUUGUCUCUAAAACUUUUUACACCUUUACUUUAAAUAUUAAAAAAAGUAUCAAAAUUGGCAAUAUAUUUUAAAUUUAAAAGAAAUUGUAUACAUUUUGCAAGGCAUCUUGUCAUUUGUAUUUUAUUUUUUUGUAAAUAUGAAACUUUAUAAUGAUCUGAUUAUCUUUUACAUAAUCAGGAUCAGACUGAUUUUAUCACGAUCAGACUAAUGUAAAAAAAAAAAAAUUGGCAAAAAUCUCCUUCAGUUUUGAAACCUAGUCCAUAAAGAUUCAAUUUAGGAUGCUUAUUUAUACAUUAUGGGGACAUUAUAAAUUAGUAUGAUUAAAAAACAUUUUAUUAUAACGUUUGAGUCCAUUUUUUUAUAAAAAGAUAAAUUGAAUAUCCACACCCUCAAAAUAUAAAUUUAUAAGUUAGGAAAAUUCUUUAGAUGCAUAUUAUAAAAACAAGAUAGAUCAUGUUAAAAGAUAUUUUUCUAAUCAGCCAGUCAUGUUUUUGCCUAUGACAAUUAAGCUCGAAGACUAGUCACAAGCAAUGUUCCCUUUAAGCUGCGUGGCCGCGCAGCUAUCUCACAGAUGCCUUGCAGCAGUUUUGAGUAUCCGCGCAGCAAAUUUCUGUAUGUGCAUGUGUGUUUGUUGGCUUUAAAAUUUUGCACAAAAAAAAUUUGAUUUUGUAAAAUUUUGCACACAACUGUAUGAUUUUACACACGAACCAGAAAACCUUAGAGGGAACAUUGGUCACAAGAUGUUUAAAUUUCAUCAUUUUCAGAGAUUUUUGUUAUUUUGAUAAUCAAAUAAAUUACUCGCAUUUAGUGAUUAAAUUUCAUGUGUUCAUAUAUUAAAAACAAAAAAACAAAAACAAAGUCAAUUUGAAACUUGUUACUGCUUCUCGCAAACAAGGCUCGCCCCACAAGAAAAAAUUGUUCACUUAUACUGGUAAAUAUUAUUAUGGUGCAGACUUCAGAACAACGUGGCCAGAAUGCCACAUUUUAGAUUUUAUGAAUAACAAAAUGAAAAAUUGAUUGGCUAGAAGGCUAUUAAAUAUGAUUUCUUAGAACAAUUUUAAAUGCCAACAGUAAUUUAAAACAAAAAAUUGCUGUGAUAAUAACAAAUUUUAGAGGAUUUUAUUUGUUUAAAAAAAAAUAUGUAACUUGUCCUAUGUAAUCAUGCAUAGCUUUUAAAUCAUUAUAGCAACUGAAAAUUGUUGAAACUAUAUAGGCCUAUAGUAAAUAUUUGGAACUCCUUUUGCAUCAUUGUUUAUAUUCCAUAUUUUAAGAAGCCUACUAAAAUCUAUUUAUUGUUGAUCAUAUACCUCAGCUACUAAAAUUUUUUGAUAAUACUGAAAGCAAUAUUUGAACAAAAUGGGAUUUUUGUUUCUCACUUUUCUUAAAAAUAUAGAAAAAGGUCAGGCAUUUUUUGACUUAGAUCACAGAAAAUUUAUAAACAGUAAAAAUAGUUGAUGCAUUUGUUAUUUACAAUAUGGGAAAAACUUUUUUUUGUUUUUUAGUUUUGCAAAUCAUCAAUGAAGUUCCUGUCAAGUAAUUGCACCCAGUAAUUUGUACCGGUACUUUAGAAUGGUAGAAUUACAAUGUUGCAUUUUGUAUUUGACCAUAUUUAAUCUUUAACAUUAAAUAAACAAAUGCAUUGGCUUUAUUAUUUGCCUGACAUUCCAUUGUUAAAAACAAUAAUGCAGCUAAGUUGGACAUAAAAAAGUAUUGUAAAUAAAUGCAGACAUAUAAUAUAUAUAUAUAUUUUUUGUAACGGGUUUUUUUCAGUUACCAUAUUAAACAUUUUUCAG